UGGGAAGGUGGGUGGGAAGUGGCCAGGAAGUGAUCACAGUACUACCUACCAGCUUAUAACCAUAUAUGUUUACUGCAUAGCAUAUUCCCUGGCCUGAAAAGCUAGACAUUGAUCCAACCUAGACGUUGCUGUAUCCGUCGGUCAACUGCAAUCAUAAUCGCUAUCUUCCCCGGCCGGCCAUCCUGUCAUGACCCCUUACGUACCAUAAAAAAAGCAUUGACUGCCACAUAGGUCACGCAGAUUAUCAGAGAGAAACAGAAGAAACAGUACUAGAAAGUAAUUGAGAGGAGGAUCAUGAGUACUGGCGCUGCAGAGAAAUUGGUGUGCGUCACUGGAGCUUCGGGAUACAUAGCAUCAUGGCUGGUGAAGCACUUGCUCCGACGUGGCUAUACCGUCAAAGCUACAGUUCGAGACCCAAAUGAUCCGAAGAAAACUGAGCAUUUACUUUCACUUGAUGGAGCCAAAGAGAAACUUCAGCUAUUCAAAGCAAAUUUAAUGGAAGAAGGGUCUUUUGAUUCUGUAGUUGAUGGAUGCCAAGGUGUUUUUCAUACAGCAUCCCCCGCUUUUCAUUCAGCCAAUGACCCACAGUCAGAAAUAAUUGAUCCAGCAGUGAAGGGAACACUUAACGUUCUUAGAUCCUGUGCAAAAGUUGCUUCUAUGAAGAGAGUGAUUGUAACAUCUUCUAUGGCUUCAGUUCUCUACAAAAGAAAACCUCUGGACUCUGAUGUGGUUGUUGACGAGACUUGGUUUUCAGAUCCAGCUAUAUGUGAGGAGUUGAAGCUCUGGUAUCAGCUCUCAAAAACCUUAGCUGAGGAGGCUGCUUGGAAAUUUGCUGAAGAGGGUGGAAUAGAUUUGGUUACAAUGCAUCCAGGCUUUGUUAUUGGUCCACUCAUACAGCCAACUCCUGUUUCUAGCAUUGAGGCUUUUAUAAAGCUGAUGAAUGGAACUCAAGCAUUUCCUAGUGGGAUUUAUAGAUUUGUUGAUGUUAGAGAUGUUGUUGAUGCACAUAUUCAGGCAUUUGAGGCUCCUGCUGCUAGUGGUAGAUACUGUUUAGUUGGCGAUAUUAAACACCAUUCUGAGGUUUUCAAGAUAGUGCACAAACUCUACCCCAGUUUGCACCUGCCUGAAAAAUGGGAAGAUGGCAAGACUCUGGUACCACUCGAGAAGAUAUCCCAAGACAAAGCCAAAAGUUUGGGUAUUAGCUUCAUUCCUUUUGAAGUGAGUCUUAGGGACACCAUUGAAAGCUUGAAGGAAAAUGGCAUCCUCACUGUGUGAAUUAUGUCGUUAAUAUGGAGUAAUGCAAAUAAGCACAGUGUGUUCAUGUCUGUGGUUUCUUUUUUUUUUUUCUUUUUUUUUUUGGUGGUUAAUAUGGAGUAAUGCAAAUAAACACAAACAGUCUGUUUAUGUUUGUGGUUCUCUCUCAAAUUUUUUUUUUGGCCUUCUCAGCCUUUUGAACUUCGUUUGCUGGGGUUUGCUGGUCUUGAAAUGUCUUCAAUAAUGAAUUCCGCUCCCAAAUUGCUUACCUACCAUAUGGUAAGAUUCUUGCCACAAAACAUCAAUUAGCUGGGUUAGCUGGGUGUGACUGAAACCUGUGUCUGUGGGAAAUGGUGUUGCAUUUGUUUUUGUUUUCGACAAAUACUGUGUAACAGUAAUGGAACUCGGAAAAAUCCCGGCCUAAGAGCAUUCACAUCCCA